AUGUCCGGGCUUCCUAUCCCUUGGGUCUGCUUCCAGUGCGGCACGGACCAGAAUCCUUGCCAUUGCAAAGUCAUUGGUCCAACUCUAGGAUUUGGGGUUGCAAUCGUGCUCGCUGUAAUCUGCUGGCCGGCGUCGCUGUUUUGUGGCUGCUGUGCUACUGAGAGAGGAAAGAAAAUGCUUGGAGCACCGGUCGAGAUUAGCGGGCAAGUCAGUAAUGCUAUACCUAUAUGA